AUGGCCGCUACCAAGAACGAGACUCCCCGCACCGGGCUGGCCACCGGUCUCAACAAGGGCCACAAGACCACCGCCCGCGUUAGCAAGCCGCGCGUGAGCCGCACCAAGGGCCACCUCAGCAAGCGCACCGCUUUCGUCCGUGACCUCGUCAAGGAGGUUUCUGGCCUCGCUCCCUACGAGCGCCGCAUCAUCGAACUCCUCCGCAACAGCAGGGAUAAGCGUGCCCGUAAGCUCGCGAAGAAGAAGCUCGGCACCUUCGGCCGUGCCAAGGCGAAGGUUGAGGACAUGAACCGUGUCAUCGCUGAGUCCCGCCGUGCCGGCCACUAA